UGUGACUGUGCCAUGAUGUAAUUUUAAAGAAUGAUAGCUUUAGGUAUGCUGAUUUUUAAAUUUUGUUCAAAAAUUACAGCUAAUUUCUUGGAUUUUUAACGCAAUUUUGUGACGGUUUAAGAACCAUUUUCCCAAUUUUUGACUUUUCAUCUUACAAAAUGCCACAGUUUACAUGCAUCAUCUGUCAAAACUAUCACUUUUGACAUGUUUCAAAAUCAAAAUCUCGUCAAGAAAUGACCAUCACCAAUGAAGCCCAAACGUUCCGGUGUCAGUCGCGUCGAGAAUGUGGGGCCGAGCACAGCUGCUCGUGCUGCUGACCGCUCUCUCGGCCUACGGAGACGACGUCCAAUCCGACGACAGCCAGCUGCGCGUCGGCCGCUCCGUCGACAUUUUCACCCGCUACGGAUAUCUCAGCCUGAGUAUGAAAGUUGUCCCGCGAAACGAUUCCAAUUUCCUCUUCAGAGAGCCCACUAUCGACGUCUUCGACGACCUAGACCGCUACGUUGUGCACCCGGUGAAAGUGCCGAAAAAGCAGCGGCGGGUUUUCGUAGGCGAUUUCCACAUGGAGUUUUGCGAUAAUGUGAAACAACUAGUGCAGGCGUAUUUCAGGGAUUUCAGCUUCGAGAGGCUGGAGAAUACUUGGAGGGCCUUCACAGCGAGUUGGUCGCCGGAGACGCUGGCCAAGAAUCUAGGAAUUAAUUCGUCGUUUGUUCAGAAGGAACAUUGUUAUGUGUUAGUGAGGUUGGCGAGGUUUAGGGAUAGUGUCAAGUUGAGCAAAAUACCGAAUAAUGUUAAUUUGAUGGACGUGGUGGCGAGGGAGAUUGAUAAAAUCCAAGUUGGUGAUGUGAGCAGUGUUUUGAAGUUUAUAAGAAAGUAUGGCUCGCAUUUUAUCGAGUCAUAUGUUACUGGAAAUGCACUUUAUCAGGUGUUCGUCUUCCGGCGCUCCAUCUACUUACAAAUCAAGGAGCGCCUCAAAACGCAGGGCAUCUCCCACUUGGAUAAGCUGGAGCUUGGACAGUACUUCAGUCCCUGGUUUGCCGAACACAUGGGUCAGAUCAAAGUCGCCAGCGGCAACCACACCGUCGAGGAUUGGGCCGCCGCCAAACUCCGCGUUCAUUAUUACAUUUUCACCUAUCCGACCCUUCUCAAAAUCCACGGCGAUACUCAACUCCUCACCGUCCUUAACGACCUCCUCCAGAACGAGGCCAUCCUCCAAAUGGGCAUGAAGACCCUGGCACCGGCGUUCAAGGAUCCAGCCAAACGUACAUUCUUCAUCGAAGUGUUGGACAAUUUUUUGAAAUUGUGGGAGAGCAAUUUGUAGUGCAUCCUGUUUUUUGUGAUAAUACGUUGUGAUAAAGACGCCCGCGGAGAGGAAGGACUUUUCCAUUGAUUAGUUUUUUGCGGAUUCGAGAGUGAUACACAAAUGGGUUGUUUUUUGGAAUGAGGCGAUUUACACAUCAUUAUCGAUAACGAGCAAUAUUUAUUUUUAUACUCUAAAGUAUAUUUUAUACUCUAAACCAAAUAUGUAAAGUUUUGUAAAAACUAUAAAUAUAUAAGACAACGAAAUGAUCAAAAAAUGUUUUAUUGUUUACAAUUAAUUUUUGAAUAAAUUUAAAAGUUUAAUAAAUUACAGGUUCCUACACCAACUCUCAUUCUGAAUAACAAACAAGUGUGAACUACAAUCAAUCAUAUUUAUUAAAAAUUGACAUUUGGACACCUGCUUGAAGAUCUCUAUUUACUUUUUUACCAUUCACAACCAUCACAAGAGGUGUCUCGACUCGUAUUAAACGAAACUUGUAUUCCUGCAAACAAAAAAAUUACAAAAGUCAUCUGGCUAAAAAUCUCAUACAAACAUUAUCUUUAUACGUAAAAUUCACGUCAGACACAUAAGGUUCGGGAAUUGCCACUGAAUUACCGAUAAUAACACCUUUACCGUCAGCCAAAUUAAAAACUGUUACUACGACGCAAGUUCCUAAUUUAUCCACCAAACACAAUGUACUAAAAUAAAUUAUUUUAUUAUUGUAAAUUAUAUGAAAAAUAAAUUCAUUACAAAGGAACUGAA